AUGCCCAUAGUCGUCCGCCGUUUCACUGCCCCUUCGCCAGGCGCAUCGAUGUCGCGGUUGUUCCUAGCCGCGCCCGGUUCUCUGUCCAGGGUAGAGCAUUCCGCCUUACAUAGAUUUUGGUCCAUUUAUAUCGUCGCCGUCACCUUCGCGCACUUCCCUCCCGUCGCCUUCGCGCACUCCCCUCCCGUCGCCUUCGCGCACUCCCCUCCCGUCGCCUUUGCGCACUCCCCUCCCGUCGCCUUCGCGCACUUCCCUCCCGUCGCCUUCGCGCACUCCCCUCCAGUCGCCUUCGCGCACUCCCCUUCCGUCGCCUUCGCGUACUCCACUCCCGUCGCCUUCGCGCACUCCCCUCCCGUCGCCUUUGCGCACUCCCCUCCCGUCCCCUUCGCGCACUCCCCUCCCGUCGCCUUCGCGCACUCCCCUCCCGUCGCCUUCGCGCACUCCCCUCCCAGGAUGAGCACUCCCUCCCGUCACUCACGCUUCCUUCCCGACGUGCGAUCACGCUCCCUCCCCUCCAGUCGCCUUCGCGAGACGCCUCUUUCGCCCCUCCUCAUUCCUUUCCGUCGCCCAGCACACUCCCCUCUGUCGCCAAGCUCACUCCCCUCUGUCGCGCUCGCGCUCGUGACCUUCCCGUCGCCUUCGCGCAUUCCCUUCCGCCGCACCCCGCUUGGGGCGCACGGCCGAUUCCCUCCCAUCGCACACUGGCGCCCUCGCUCUCCCUUUCCAUCUCUUCCCGUUCUCCCAAAUCACGACCGCAUGUCCUCUCUUUUCGUAUCGUCAUCCCAUCUCCUCCUCUCCCCAUCCCUCCUCCAACCCUCCCUCCACCCCCCAUCUCUCCUCUUCCCAUCCCCAUCCCUCAUCUCCUCAUCCCUCACCCCACUUGCCUCUGCUCCCCAUCUUGCAUCUCCCCAUCCCUCAUCUGACCAUCCCGCAUCUCCCCAUUCCUCACCUCCCCUUCCCUCAUCUCCCCAUGCCUCCCCACCCCAUGCCUCAUCUCCUCAUCUCGAACGAUCACUCCAUUCCGCCUCACCCCAUUCCACCUCCCCAUCCCUGAUCUCCCCAUCCCUCGCCUUCCCAUCCCUCCCCUCCCCAUCCCUCAUCUCCCCAUCCCCCAACUCCCCUUCCCUCUCCUCCCCAUGCCUCACAUCCUCAUCCCUCAUCUCCCCUUCCCUCGUCUCCUCAUCCCUCAUCUCCCCUUCCCUCAUCUCCCCAUCCCUCAUCUCCCCACCCCUCACCUCCCCAUCCCUCUCCUCCCCAUCCGACACCUCCCCAUCCCUUAUCUCCCCAUCCCUCAUCUCCCCAUCCCUCAUCUCCCCAUCCCCCAUCUCCCCUUCCCCAUCUCCCCAAUCCGCCCCACCCCAUUCCGCCCCACUCCAUUCCGCCCCACCCCUUUCCGCCAUGCCAUCAUCACGCCAUCCCUCAUCUCCCCAUCCCUCACCUCCCCGUCCAUCACUUCUCUGGUCUUCCUCUCCCUCUCCCCUCUCCUCUCAUUCCUUACCCUGCUCUCUCUCCUCUCCCUCCUCCCUUUCCACUCGCCCCGCCACUCCCGCCGUGCUUCUCCCUCCCCCCAUUCCACCUCGCCCCAUUCCGCCCCACCCCAUUCCGCCCCAUCCCAUUCCGCCUCACCCCAUUCCGCCUCCCCCCAUUCCGCCCCACCCCAUUCCACGCAAACCCCGCUUGUCGCGCACCCUACUUCCCUCCGUCCCCCUUGUCCCCUCCUCACUUUAUCUCCUCUUCUCCCCUUUCCCCCCUCACCCCAUCUCCUCCUCUUUCCGUCCACCCCUCCUCACCCCAUCUCCGCCUCACCCCAUCUCCUGCUCUUUCCAUCCAGGCCUCCUCACCCCAUUCCGCCUCAACCCAUUCCGCCUCCCGUCCUCUCCCCAUCCCCUCCUCUUACUAUACCUCCUCUCCCUGUCUCUCCUCUCCCCAUCCCUCCUCUCCCCAUCCCUCCUCUCCCCAUCCCUCCUCUCCCCAUCCCUCCUCUUACCAUCCCUCCUCUCCCCAUCCGUCCUCUCCCCAUCCGUCCUCUCCCCAUCCGUCCUCUCCCCAUCCGUCCUCUCCCCAUCCGUCCUCUCCCCAUCCGUCCUCUCCCCAUCCGUCCUCUCCCAAUCCGUCCUCUCCCCAUCCCUCCUCUUACCAUCCCUCCUCUCCCCGUCCCUCCUCUCCCUAUCCGUCCUCUCCCUAUCCGUCCUCUCCCCAUCCGUCCUCUCCCCAUCCGUCCUCUCCCCAUCCGUCCUCUCCCCAUCCGUCCUCUCCCCAUCCGUCCUCUCCCAAUCCGUCCUCUCCCCAUCUGAUCGUCUCCCCAUCCGUCCUUCCCCCAUCCGAUCCUCUCCCCCUCUCCUCCAGGUGUUUCCCACACUGUCCUCGGCCUUGCGUGCACCCGGGAGCUGCUUGGGGCGCUGUGGGCGGAUGGCGGCGGGCAGAGUCGCGCAGCAGAGGCCUACGUGGUGCUGCAGGGAUCCCUUCCCCCUGUCCUCCCGACCCCUCUUCCUCCCUUCAUCACUCCCUCCCUUCCUGCAUUCCCCCCUUCCGCCCUCCCUCACAUCCUUCAUCACUCCCUCCCUUCUUGCUUCCGCCCGCCCGCGCUCACUCUCUUCCCAUUGCCCGCCCCCAUUCCCUCCCGUCACCCACACUACGUCCCCUCCGUCGCUGAUGUGCACACCCCUUGAACGAGCAUGCUCAAUCCCCUCCCGCCCUGUCCUAUCCCCUCACCCCGCCCUGUCCUAUCCCCUCACCCCGCCCUGUCCUAUCCCCUCACCCCGCCCUGUCCUAUCCCCUCACCCCGCCCUGUCCUAUCCCCUCACCCCGCCCUGUCCUAUCCCCUCACCCCGCCCUGUCCUAUCCCCUCACCCCGCCCUGUCCUUUCCCCUCACCCCGCCCUGUCCUAUCCCCUCACCCCGCCCUGUCCUUUCCCCUCACCCCGCCCUGUCCUAUCCCCUCACGCCGCCCUGUCCUAUCCCCUCACCCCGCCCUGUCCUAUCCCCUCACCCCGCCCUGUCCUUUCCCAUCACCCCGCCCUGUCCUUUCCCCUCACCCCGCCCUGUCCUUUCCCCUCACCCCGCACAAACCCAGGCGAGCAUGACAGAGGCCCAGACGCCCUGCAUGGACGUGCCACCUCCGCUUGCUCCUGUUUUCAGCAUCUCUAAGGCCCAGAGGCUUGUGCUUGUCUUGUAUCCUAGUACGGCACGCUCAUGUCAUGUGUAUUUACAUCUCAUAUAA